AUGUCCUUCCUUAUCCAUCCUUCGUCAAUUCGAACGAAGGAGGAUAUGGCCGAGACUGAAAUCCGCAAUGAUUACGUCAAGAAGAACAUUGCACACACCGUGAAGAAGGCCGUCUACAACUUCUUCGGAGAGCCUGUUCCGAACGAACAGGUCGACCGCGAAGCUUACAAAGCCGAGAUAUCUGAGGAGAGACUUCGUACCCAGAGGGAACGUGUUGAGAAGGAGUCCGCCAAGGCUGCCCACGCACAGGCAAAGCAAGCCAAGAAGGAGAAAGCCAAGGCUGAGAAGAAGUCCAUCAAGGCGGCUCGCGCACAAGCAAAGCAGGCAAAGAAGGAGAAGGCCAAAACCGAGAAGCAAAAGGCAAAGAUCGAGAAGGAGACGACCAAAGCUGAGGAGAAGGCGACGAAGGAGGGAGUGAAUGGAAAUCUCAAGGCCGAGAACGGCGUCGAACUCGCUGCACCAUUAGCUGCUAAGCAGGCCAAGAAGAAGGAUGAAAAUGAAGCCGCCAAGACCGCCCCGACUGUCGAGCCGAAGACACCUUACCAAUUGACGACUGUCUCUGAUGUUUUGGAAAACCAAAAGGGGGAGUUUGCCAGAAUUCGCUCCAAUGGUAUCCCUCUCAUCCAUGCAACCGCAUCGGGCGCUCAACGUGGUCAACCUGCUCAACGUGGCCAACCUGCUCAACGCGGUCAACCUAUCCAGCACGGUCAACCUAUCCAGCACGGUCAACCUAUCCAGCACGGUCAACCUGUCCAGCACGGCCAACCUUUCAAGCGCUUCCAAGUUGUUGACCAUCAUCACCAGCCUGAAUCUGCUGAUCGUCUCCACCCGGCCGAGCGUUCUCAAGCUGGCAAUCGACUUCAAGCAGACCCAGUUGAGACCCGCCCCAAGAGCUACCACGGCGACGUCAUCAGCGGCACUCACCCUUAUGUCUACGUCGAUUGCGAUGGACCCGAUCGUGUGGACUCUCGCUUUGCCCCACGCCAGCCAAUCCACAGACGCUCCAUGCCACUCGACCCCGAGGCUAUUCAGUAUAUGAUCAACGGACCCAGCCGAAUUCCAAACGCCGAACAACUUCAGGAGUCUCCCUUCCUUCCAACUCAGCCUGAUAACCCCCUAACCUCGCCUGAUCACCGGGGAGGUUUUCUGCAAAUCCUGGAUCAUACCUUGACGCCGGUUGAGCGGGAUGCAUGGGAGUACAAGGAUAUCAGACGACGAAGCCUCGCGAGAGGUGAAGUUCCUCCUCAAGCUCCAGCUGGCUUCCACGAGGUUGACCUGUCAGAGCUCGAGGAAAGGCUCGACAUGUUCACCGAUUUCUACCGCGAGUAUGUCCAACGUAUGGGAGGACGGGAAGUUUUCGUGUUGACUCGUCUUGCUCCUACCAGCGAGUUGUCCCGAGGUGUAGCAGCUGGCUCAGAUGUACCAAAGCAGAAGGUGCCAGACUGCAGAAUGUAA